UCAGUAGUACGUAGUACGACGGUAGGACGACGGCACCCGGCGGGAGGUAUGAGUUGUUUGUGACCUCGCUGCUAAAUUCUGUGUAGUCAACAAUCUAGACUUCAUGAGUAAUCGUUGAAAUUAUAUGACCUCGACAAUAUGCAAACAUCAAAGAAACAGGAACGUGACACGGAAUUCUGCGGUUCCACUGGGUGUGAAGUUGACAGCGAAGCUGCAGAAGGACUUGGUAUAAAAAAUAUCCAGCAUGCUGCAGUUGACAACGAUCUACAGGAAGUCAGAAGUGCACACAAUGUUGCUUCAGGAGACGCAAUUGAUAUUCUUGCGGUAACAGGCACCACGGAAGAUGAGCACACCGUAACGGCGUGUGCUUUGAAGAGCAGUGUUCCCAUGCGAAAUCUGCCACAAGGUGAAGCAAUCAUGCAUGAGAAGACUGACAAAUCUCUAGAAACUAAUGACUCCCAAGAGACCUUCGAAGAUGCUUUCGAAGAACUUGAGUACAGUCCUUGUGUUUCUCAAAACCCUGUUGAAGGCUCAUCUACAGCACAAGGAUCUGUGGCACAUGCUACCGAGGUACACUUUGACAAACCAAGAGCUGAAGGUAGCACCCACAAAUGUGAAGAAUAUCGAUUUCCCAACUUCCCACAUGUUCCAAACAUUCAAAAUACAUUGGCAGAACUUGCAGCACGUAAUGAGGCACAUGAGAGGGACUCCCGUGCGACCAUGCCUGAGAAUUGUAAGGGUUCAUAUCCUAAAGGGACAGACGCAUGCAGAAAACAUGCAGCUUUUGUGCCGGAUGACUAUGACCACCAGUACCAGAGGGUGCUUUCGACAAGGUUGCAACAACAGACAAAACCACGGGAACCUGGGUUGUGUGGUUCGUGCUCUCGUUCAAUGAUGGGGUACGUUUCUGCCAUCCAAAAUCUCUUACAGUCUCUAACAAUAGAUAUUGUUGUAAAGGGAGAUGAUCCUCCAGCAUGUAGCUGGUGUGCUCGUGAUAGGAUUAACCACCAGAACAGGUGCCACUCUGACACAGAAUUCAGCUCUGUACUCUCUCCUUACUUAGACUCUGAACUUCCAGCAUCACGUGUCGGUUCAGUUCUGGAACAUGACAGUUCUCCCCAAGGCACCCAGGAUAGAAGAGCAUAUUUUGAAUCACCUGCUGGUCAAUCACUUAAUAACAGCUCCAGGAAAUCUCCAGGGGUCACACAUAGACCAAUAAGAGUAUUUGGGAAUCCUGACAGAGACAUUCUUGAUGCACAAAGGCCACAGUCUCACAAUGUAAAUUACUUAACCUCUGGUUCCCAUGCGGCGCAAUGCGGUCAAGUACCGCGACAGGAAAAUGCACCACCUGCAGAAGAGCGGAAUCAGAAACAAGGUGAAACUUCUCCCCAAAGUUUUCCAUGUAAUGUCGUUACACGCAAUGCUGAACAUUUAGUGUCACAGCGACAAAAUUCAUCAUUGGCAGGACAAAAUGCCCCUACUGAGGUUCAUUGCACUAUAGAAGGCGCAUCUGCAGUUUUCUGUGAUGAGAAUGGUAACAAGCACACUAACAACAAUGCUCUGCAGCCAUCUUCAGCACCCAUGCAAAACCAGACAUGUUCACAAGAGCAGUUCAGUGGCUUUUCACAGCAAAAUGGCAGUCAUUCGCAGGAACUUUCGUCAGAAAGGUCGAUAGAUUUGAUGGUGCGAGCCAUGGGACCAGCCAGUUCGUAUGUGACAAAGUGCACUGAUGGUGCUCGACAUUGCGACAAUGAAAAGGAAAUGGGCCACAUCCACGAGACCUCCCACAAGCAGCACAUGCAGCAUAGUUAUUCAUCAAAAAGAACGCAGAGUGUAGCUGAUCAGAUGUUAGAUCUUGUUCAGGAGCAUCUACUUGAGCCAUCGCAGCCAAUAGUGAAAAGCCAAGCAUACGUCACCAUGGCAGGCAAUGACCUGACAGCUAUGUUAUGUCUUGUGCUUGGCAAUUCACUUCGUGUAACUGGUACAACACGCACACUUGUUGUGCUCGUUACAGAUGGUGUGUCUCCUGCACUCAGGCACCUGUUGUCAUCAGUGUUCAAUCUAGUGCAGUCUGUGCGCUCCCUGGGCACACAAGGCACGACCAAGCUGACCUUGCUUGAACAGCCAGAUAUUGGGGUGUCAUUCACUAAGCUUCAUGCAUGGAGACUUACUCAGUUCUCGAAAUGUGUCUUUUUGGAUGCAGCCACUAUGAUGGUUCAGUGUUGUGAUGAGCUGUUUGAGAGAGAAGAGCUUUCAGCUGUGCCUGACAUUGGUUGGCCAGAUUGCUUCAACAGUGGCGUGUUCGUUUAUGUUCCUUGCAUGGAGACCUUCUGGGAUCUUGUCAGCUUUGCUGAAAGACAGGGUAGCUUUGAUGGUGGUGAUCAAGGUUUGCUCAACAUGUAUUUUCGAAAUUGGUCUAGUGAUAUUAAUAGAAGGCUACCAUUCAUAUACAACCUUAUGGCAAACGUUAGCUACACCUACAAGCCAGCAUUCAAGCAGUUUGGGAAGAAUGUGAAGAUAGUUCAAUUCUUUGGAGGCUACAAGCCUUGGAAUGUGAAAUUCCAUGCUCCUACGGGACAAAUGUCACCAGCGGCAGGGGUGCACCCAACUUUUGCGCAGUUUGUGCAGUUUUGGCUUCACAUCUAUGCACGCAGGGUUCUUCCCAUGUUCUCUCAGCCCCUUCAGGAGAAAGCACGUGACUCUCAGUACAUAUGUGCGUUAGAUCUACUCCAGCACUUCCCAUCCUUUCUGACAUCGGAACCAGUUGUCACUUUGCCAACGCCAUCAUUCCGUUCACACCCAAAACCCAUCAUAUAUCUUCCACCUUCCCCACGAAUGCCACCAGAAAUAGUAGAGGCUGCACAAUCCAUUGAGGCUAACGCUAAACCAGAGGUUCACGCAUCGUCUGUCUCGAGCGUAUCAGAGCCCAGCAGUGAGGAAUCUGGACCAUCUGUGCCAACAGAUACCGGAACAGAAGAGACCUUCGCUGAAGAGGUUGACAUGAAACAAACUCGUGCCGAGCAAGCAACAUCUGUAAAGCAGCAUGCUUUUGUGGAGGACUUGUCGGGGAUGCUUGCAUGGGAACAAGGUCGUGCCGAUUACAUGGGUGAACAUAGGUCAGACAAUAUCAUAGCUAGGCUUGACCAACUGAUUAAGCAUUCCUCAACUGAACAGUGUGUUAUGAUCAAAGACUGAGAAGGAAGUAUUCAUUACCAAAUAGAAAUGGUACAGAAGAAAAGUCUUGGUCCAAUAUCUUUUAGGUGACACACCAUUUUUGUGUUUGAGCUUUAGAUGAUAUGUAUUUGUAUUUUCUAGUUUGUAGUAACGUAUUUACUCAAAUGUAAUGUGACCACCGGUGACUUUUGAAUGUGGAAAACGAGCCAAACCGACUAGAAGCAUAAACAAAAUAACAUGAACAAAUGUAACGGAGACUAAUCUGCAAAGUUUCCUAAAAUGUGUAAGUUUAUGGCAUUUGCAGUGCAUAUUACACCUUCUGUGUAGGUGUAACGGUCUCACAGACCUGAAGUUCUCUUUCUUGCCCAUUUGCUCCUAGAGCUAAUGGUCAUCAGUGUUGUGUAGUGCAUUUAGAAGGGAACAAUUUAGGAAUGCUCAAUUCAAAUGGCUAUCUUUCUGCAAGGAGUACCGUGCAGUUGAGACCAACUUGGCAUACUAGAUUUCAAUAUACUUGAAGGAAUCAGCCAACUACCUUCAUGUUGAACGGUCAAGCGUAGAAUAGUUCAUUGAAGGCUGUCCUGGUCAACAUGCUCUUUAGGAUAUCGUAACGGUUCUCUGAUGAGGGCACAGUGAUGAUGUCCUGCAUUUUGGCCGGUUUGUUAGAUCCGAACACCCUGACGACGUGAUAGAACUUCAUCAACUAUGCUGUGGUGCCACGAAGCGCGAAUCUGACCUUGAUGUUCACACGAUUAGACCUCGACGGACCAGAGGACUAGAUCAGCAGGCCAAAAUGGCGGUAGAUAGUGCUUGAAGACUUAGUGUGGUGGGCACAGGUGGUGAUGCAUCUUGAACUAAAAGCUGUCCUGCAGGACUCUGCGCCAUGCUGUUCAUUAACAUUCGGGGAUACCAACAUGAAGGGAUCAGGUGACGACGACCUUCAUGUUGCAUGGUCAAGUAUAGAAUAGUUUAUUGAAGGCUGCACGUUCCGACCACGGCUUGACACGCGACACCAUAGCCAUUGCGCUGGGUCCGCCACAUACUGAAAUGUUCUGCAGUUGGGGUGUAAGGUGGCCUCCUCCUUCUGUUGGUUUAAUACAACACCCAUUUAGUGUAUGUAGCUUAAGGUAUACACAUGGUUCAUGUGUGCAUUCUUGUCACAUUGAUAGUAAAAACUUGAAAUGUUGGCAAUAUAUGAACAUGUGCUUACUUUUCCUGUCUUCCUUCCAAAACUUGGCAUAUCGUGCAGAGCAAAAUAUUUUGCCCCCUCCCCCCUCUCCGAAUACACAUUUUGUUUAACCUUCUACAUAGUACAUGUUGGUAACACCACAUAUGUCUGGUACCCGGUGCAACGUAAAACGAAGUCCUGUCCCAGGGGAGUUUUUUUUCCUCCUAUAUGUAUGUUUUUGUACAUGUAUGUUAUGUAUGUUUUUUCUCCUUUUGAGCUGUAAUAUGUGGUCAUGUUACAUGAUUCGUCAUAGCUUGUUACUGUUUUUUCUUGUGUAUAUUUUGUAAUUAAAAGUUAUUCAUAUGAUGGA